AUUUACCUGUUUCCCUAGUGACCAAGGAAGCCAUUAGUUGUUUACAUUCAGUUUCAGUUUAAGCGUGAUUUUAACAAGAUGACUGGAGAAAACGCCGACAAUAUAUCAAUGGAUCCCCCGCAUAUAUAUGUAGAGAGAACACUGGCAAUAAUAAAGCCAGAUGCCAUCCAUAAAUCAGAGGAAAUUGAGGACAUCAUUCUUAGAUCUGGAUUUGCCAUUUUGCAGAAACGCAGAGUUCACCUUACCCCUGAACAAGCUAGUGACUUCUACUCUGAACAUUAUGGCAAAUUGUUCUUCGCGAGCCUUGUAGCAUACAUGUCCAGUGGGCCCAUCAUAGCGCUAGUAAUAGCCCGGGACCAGGCUAUUUCAUACUGGAAAGAACUCAUUGGCCCAACAAACACAAACAAAGCCAGACAGACGCAUCCAGACUGUUUGAGAGCUAUUUAUGGCACAGAUGAUCAGAGGAACGCUCUUCAUGGCAGUGAAAGCUUCAUGUCAUCGGAACGGGAAAUCAGAUUCUUCUUUCCAGACAGUAUAAUAGAGCCAGUUCCUGUUGGCCAGGCAUCCAAAGACUAUCUGUCGCGGAAAGUGAACCCCACCCUUCUCAAAGGCCUUACAGAGCUCUGCAAACAGAAACCACUAGACCCUGUGAUAUGGUUGGCAGAUUGGCUUCUAGAAAACAACCCAAACAAGCCCAGGGUUGGAGCCAUGAAAGUGCAAGAACCAGACAACUGACUGACUUUUUAAGUUUUCUAAAUUGUGACCCAAAACUGAAAAAGAAAUAUAACACACUGUGAUCCUAAAAAAUGAAAAUUUUAGCAGCAUUUUGCCAGGUUCGUUUAAAAAUAUUCAUGAAUGGAAAAGUUGCCCCUUUAACUUCACUUAGAUUCAGCAUUUAUUGUUAACACAUUUGUUGUGCUUCUUGUUUAAUGUGUUGUUUUUUUAUGAAAAAAGCAUGUCAGUGUGUUUUUUAUUCCCCUAAAAUUUAAUGUUUUUGUACUGUCACACUUUCCUCUUUAUUUAAAACUGAAAAAAAUGCACAACAGACUAUUUCUGAAAAUAAGUUUUAAUAAACCUCUAUGUUUCUCAGUUAUAAUAAAUUUACAACAGACUUAUGCGAUUUCAUAUUUAUUGCUGCAUGUAUUCAUUUUUGAAUCAUUGAAUGGAAUUUUUUCAGUCAGUAUACAUUAAUUCAUUGAAAUAUUUAAAAUAUACAUUACCCUGUGGAUUUAUUGAGUGUAUACUUUUAUACUUUAUUGUUCUGUGAUAGCAUGUACAUAUAGUUCUACUUUAUUAAAUGAAAAUACAAUUAAAA